UAUCCGCCCUCUCGUUGCGUUAAGAAACGAUAACUACAAUUUUUCUACAGCAGGUUUUUAUUCUGUUAUAUUGCAUUUUGCCUUGCUGGGCAAUGCAGUCACUUCCGACAUCCGUGGGCCCGUUGGUACAGUCUUCAAAGCUUGGAAAAAGCUACUGGGAAGCAGUUGGGCCAAUGCGAAAGCUUUUUAUUGACGAGCUCGCGGAGACUGUAAAGGAUUAUCUCGAUCGAUGCCUCGAACCUCCAGCGGCUGGUUUAUACUGGUCUAUGUACAUGCGAGGGCGUACUCCGGGUAAAGCUAAGCCUUAUCUGGUUUUUUCUUCUACCAACGAGAGGACACGGAAAAGGGCGCUACGUAUGGUGAGAGAAAAGGGAAUCCUUGCAAAAUUUCCUGCUAUAAGAUUGAAAGACACUCGCUAUACUCCAGAAAUGAGCACUUUGAUGCGACUUCUCGGCGACGAAGGCCUAGAACUAAGUCAAGACGCCAUACCUUGCGCGUAUAUUGACGGCAAUACGGUCUACUACAUACCCUCCGGCAACGUCAUGAGCCUACAAUUAUAUGUUAGAAAGCCAACAAUCGAAGAGCCAAUUAGACAAGCUACAGCUGGCGGAGUCAUAUGCGUCGGUGGUUCAUUCUUCUAUCUCACAGUAUAUCAUAUCCUCGAGCGAAACGAGCACCAGGUAUCACAGCAGGACAGCCAGCUUCAAGUCCACGGAAAGCUUAUCGACCUAGACGAUGAAAAGUAUCAGGUGAGCUACCGGGGAGAGGAGGAUGAAGAGGUCGAUGAUUCUGGAUUUGAAGACAGUAUCCAAUCCGAUUCGGAUGGAAUGUCUACGACGAGCGACAGUGACAACGGCAGCGGAGAUUCGGAGGUCAGCAUGCAGCUCAGUGAAGAGCACAUGAGUGGCGCUUGUAUUGGUUCCACCGACCUUGAUAACGACCCGUCAUUUUCACUCCAAGUCCCUCCACCCACAGAGCAAACGAAAAUUGAAUAUCUGGGUUCCACCGACUUAGCCUCAUCCGCUGCCUUCGGGAGUGAAUCACUUAAUUAUCUGUUAAUAAAGCUCCAGAACGAGGAUCAAAAGAAGAUGAAUAGGAUUGAUGCCUCACAUAUUCAUUCACACGACAUCUGUGUCGAUAAGGUUGCUUCAAUCGGCAAUGAGGAUCGCAAAGUAAUCAUUCCAUCGACAUCUCACGGAAUCUCGAAAGGUGCUCUAUCUGCCACCCCUCGUUACAUGCGUUUGGCGGGAACAUCUACAACUCGAAAGGCGUUUGCCCUACAGCUUGAUAGGGAUGUGCAGCCUGGUGAAUGUGGGUCAUGGGUAGUAGACGAGGUUUCUGGUCAUCUCUACGGACAUAUUUUUGGCGGAGGGAUUGGCACAAGAACCGCCUACAUAAUACCGGCAGAUGACAUCUUCGAAGACAUAGAACGGAAAUUUAGACAGCCGGUAUUUCUGCCUUCCGUGAGAGAGGCGUCACAUACGGCAUCUGGAGCGAACCCGGCCUCGACUCCUUCACGGGUGCUGCAAGCUGGUUCCCCGCCAGGCAGCCUUAUGGUGUCGAAAAGUAUGGAGAAACCAGCAGUUCCUAGAGAGGCGUCCAACCAGUCCCAACUUAAUCAUUGCAACAUCAUUAGCAGCAAUGCCGAGCUUCCUGUAAAACAAGAUUCGGUUGAUCCUCGAGGAGGCGAUGUUCCUCAGCUACCGUGCACAAGAAGUCAAUAUCGGGAUCCCAAAAAAGCUGCACAGAUCCUUUCUGACAAAGGUGUUUCGUCAGCGCCCAAUUCUUUGCCGACACUGAUCAUUAGAUCCGAGCCUCCUGAGGCUGCUCCGACCUCAACCUGCGCAAUGCCAGUUUCUUCUAAAAGGUCAAGAGCUUACCUCACGGACAAGAAGGAACCACUUAGGACCUUCAGACAAAAUUUGAGUCGAUCACUCUUUUACUAUGCUUCGUCAUCUCGCUCCGCGGGUCCAGAGCAAGACAGCGAGGAAAAGCAUUAGAUAUGAUCCGCGAGCCACUUGGAUUGUCCCGGGAAAUUAUUACACUCUUGAAGUUUGGCAAAACCGUGCGUCGAUAGAGAAAUGGCUCGAACGCCCUUACACACUGACAAUACAUCUGCAGACGCUGUCGCUCCAUCCGAUGCUGUCACAACUGAAGUACAAUGGUGGAGAGGGCAAAGAAGGUCAAAAGCAUGAAGCAAGAACUAUUUUCCUUUCCCUUCACUGUGGGUACGGAUGGAAAUCUGUCUUUCGAUCAACUCGCGUAUCUUUCUAACCCCCCCAGUCAUGGCAGUAUUAUGCCC